CUCCUCAUCGACUUUGGUAUCCGGAAUCGGUAACGGGCUCCCAACAGCCCCGCCGUCGUCUCCCUCUCUCGCGUCGCACGUGUGGUACUUCAUCCCCACACGGCACCCUGACUGUGAGUCGACUCGCACGACCAAGGCCACACAGCCGAAGUCUGGCGGGUGGCAAGCAAGCCUUCCGCCGCUUGCAUAUCAUACCACCACCGGGCCGCACCACCUUUCAUGAGCUCCGCUGAUACCAGGUGGCCUGAUCUCGCUCCACGAGACGGCGGCCGACCCGACAACCUUCUGCGCAGACCUAGGGCUCUCAACACCCUCUCAAUCAGCCAGAAACUCAAUCAUAAAAACCAUGAGCACUACUAUGACUGAGACUGUGCGCGCGCGCCUCGUGCGCGCCCAGGCCUGGGACAACACGGCUACUCCCGAGCAGCCCAUUCCCACGCGCGAGUCGCUCUCCCGUGCCCUCGACAACUCGGCGAAUGGCGCCCGGCUCCCAGCGGCGCGUGCACCUACUCUGACCCUGCGUGGGCGCCACAACGCGGCCGCUCUUCACCCGGUCCUGUCGACGCGUGUGGUCGACACCGAGCUGCACGCGCUCGUCGACCAGAUCGUCGCCGCUCGCACCGAGGGAGUGCUCGACGCAGCGGCAGGUGUCCACGAUGAGAGCGCGUUCUUCGCUGCCGAUCUUUCGGCCGUGUACGAGGCUGUUGACAUGUGGCGCCGCUCGCCGAUGGGGGAGCGCGUCGACAUCUUCUAUGCGGUCAAGUGCAAUCCCUCGCCGAUGGUGCUGCACCUCCUCUCCCUCCUCGGCACCAACUUUGACUGCGCGAGCGCGGCCGAGAUCGCAGCUGUCAUGUCGCUGCCCUCGGCCCCGUCGCCCGACCGCAUCAUCUUCGCCAACCCGUGCAAGCCGCCGAGCCACAUCCGCGCUGCGCUCAACACCGGCGUCGAGACCAUGACCUUCGACAACGCCGACGAGCUGCACAAGAUCAAGCGCAUCCACCCGAACGCCAAGCUCGUUCUGCGCAUCCUUACAGACGACUCCAAGUCGCUGUGCCGCCUCGGCCUCAAGUUCGGAGCGCCACUCGACGCGUGCUCCGGUCUCCUCCAGCUGGCGCGCCAGCUCGGCCUCAACGUUGUCGGCGUUAGCUUCCACGUUGGCUCGGGAUGUAAGGAGCCCGAGCAGUUCGCCGAUGCCAUCUGGCGUGCACGCAAGGUCUUCGACAUGGCCAAGGAGGUGGGUUACGACUUCGAGGUGCUCGACAUUGGCGGUGGCUUUGAGCGCGAGACCUUUGCGCAGAUGAGCCGCGUCGUAGCCGACAACCUCGACCUCUACUUCCCUGCCGACGAGGGUGUGCGCGUGAUCGCUGAGCCCGGACGCCUCCUCGUCUCGAGCGCAUUCACGCUCGCCACGAGCAUUGUCGCUCGUCGCCGCGCCCUCGAGGGUGCGGUGCACACGCACGACCCCGAGGCCGGCGAGGGUGCCGACGUCAUGUACUACAUCAACGACGGCGUGUACGGCUCGUUUAAUUGCAUCCUGUUCGACCACCAAAUCGUGCACCCCUACCCUCUGACCUUGGGCGGCGAGGCCGCGGACCCCACCGCGCGCCCUGCCUUCCCGCCACCCCCCAACGUCGAGCUCCCCUCCGACCUCACCCAGCAGCUCGGCUACGCGCAGACCGAGCGCGCGAGCGUGUGGGGCCCGACAUGCGACUCGAUCGACUGCGUGCGCCAGAUCGUACACCUGCCCCGCGGCACCGAGGUUGGCGACUGGCUCGGCUGGGGCGAGAUGGGUGCAUACACCCUCUGCGCGGCGAGCACGUUCAACGGCUUCGACCGCUCCCCCGUCCACUGGACUACCGGUGGCACCAGCCCCAACGCACGCAAGGUCCGCGCCCUGCUCGACCAGUUUGGCGCCCAGUAGACAUAGAAUUGUAAUAUGCCAAAGGAUUGUGCGUUGUG